UUCCAAACAAACAAGCAAGCAAGCAAGCAAGAAAACAACCGGCAAACUCUCAGCUGAAAAUUCCUGGAAGCGUGGCAGUGGGCAUAUCCUCGAAUUCGUUUUAAUGCGAGACACAAUUAACCGCAAUAACGAUAUAUUGACAUGGGGACGGUGCGGAUUUGUGUGUGCGGCGACGAAGGAACGGGGAAGUCCAGUCUAAUAACUUCUCUCGUCAAGGGGGUCUUUAUCACAAAUAAGAUCCAGCCUGUCCUUCCUCAAAUCACCAUUCCUCCGACCAUCGGCACUCCUGACAAUGUGACUACAACCACCGUGGUAGAUACCUCCGCCCUUCCGCAGGAACGAGCAAACCUGGCUAAGGAAAUACGAAAAUCAAAUGUUAUCUUACUGGUAUACUCGGACCAUUACAGCUACGAGAGAGUUGCUCUAUUUUGGUUGCCAUACUUCCGCUCUUUGGGUGUCAAUGUCCCGGUCGUGCUAUGUGCCAACAAGUCGGAUCUCGCCCCUGAGGGGAACGAGGCCCAGGUUGUGGAGGAUGAAAUGCUUCCGGUAAUGGCAGAAUUCAAGGAGAUUGACUCUUGCAUUCGAACCAGCAGUAGAGAACAUCGGAACGUCAAUGAAGCAUUCUUUCUGUGUCAAAAGGCCGUCACACAUCCCAUCGCGCCCCUCUUCGACUCCAAGGAAUCGGCUCUGAAACCCGCCGCCGUUAGCGCACUCCAUCGAAUCUUCUAUUUAUGUGACAAGGAUCGUGACGGAUAUUUGAGUGACAAGGAAAUUGCCUCUUUUCAGGCAAAAUGUUUUGGUAAAUCCCUCAGGGAGGAGGAUUUGGACCAUAUCAAGGAGACGAUACGCAGAUUUGACCCGGAUGCUGUUACGCCUGCUGGAAUUAGCGUGCGGGGCUUUUUACAACUUAAUAAACUCUAUGCGGAAAAGGGCCGCCAUGAAACAAUAUGGAUCAUACUGCGGACAUUCAAAUACACGGAUAACCUGUCUCUUCAAGAAGACUUCCUCCACCCUCGCUUCGAAGUUCCUCCCUUUGCAUCCGCGGAACUGUCUCCAGCUGGGUAUCGUUUCCUUGUCGAUUUGUUCCUUCUCUCAGACAAGGAUAGCGAUGGCGGACUCAAUGACACGGAGUUGGCUUCGCUGUUUGCCCCAACCCCCGGCCUACCCACCUCCUGGAUAGAAGGGGCGUUUCCCUGCUCAACUGUACGAAACGAGGCUGGCCAUGUGACUUUGCAGGGCUGGCUCGCACAAUGGAGUAUGACGACGUUUACAUCACCAAAAACCACACUCGAGUACCUUGCUUACCUUGGAUUCGAGUCAUCCGAUCGAGGGAACCCGACAACCACUGCGGCACUGAAAGUGACCAAACCCCGGAAAAAGCGACGACGUCCUGGCCGCGUUGGCCGUAAUGUUGUCAUGUGUCAUGUCCUCGGAGCGCCAGCCUCGGGUAAAUCAUCCCUCCUCGACGCAUUUCUCUCCCGUGGCUUCAGCUCAACAUACCACCCAACCAUCCAACCACGUACCGCAGUGAAUACCGUGGAAUUGCCCGGCGGCAAACAAUGUUACCUCAUCCUGGAUGAGCUGGGUGAGCUGGAACCUGCCCUUCUGGAAAACAAGACCAAACUUCUGGACCAAUGCGAUGUUGUCGCUUACACAUAUGACUCUUCUGACCCGGAUUCUUUCGCCUACAUCCCGGCGCUGCGAAAUAAAUACCCACAUCUCGAGGAGGUACCAAGCGUUUUCGUUGCACUCAAAGCGGAUCUGGACCGGACUACGCAGCGAGCAGAGUUUCAGCCAGACGAAUACACCACCCGGCUAAACAUGCCAGGCCCCCCUUUGCAUGUCAGCGUAACGUGGAAUUCUAUUCAGGAACUGUUUGUUCACAUUGCGGAAGCAGCGAUGGAGCCUAACACGGCAUUUCCACGAACCGAAGAAGAUGUUGAAGGGAAAUGGAUGGCUUGGGGGAUUGCAAUUGGGGCGGUCGUCUGUGCUGGAGCGGCCGCGGUGGUAAUAUGGCGCAGAGCUACGGGUGGCGUGAAUUGAGCCGCCCACUGGGCCAUUGGCCUGUUGGUUUUCUUUUUCUUCUUUUCUUCUUCUAUUUUUUAUGUACUAGGGAGGCGUCUACCAGCGGAAUAUAUCUGCCUUAUUUAUGCGGCUAUAUCUCUGGAGCUAACCUCUAAUAUACCUAUAUGCAGUUUACGAUACCUAUGUGUGAAUUAAUCAUGUACACUACCAUAUAUAUAUAUAUAUUUCCCCGUCAGUAAUUACAGUUCUUAAAACGGGUUGGUUUCCUAUAUAUUCGUAUUAUUACUGUACAUAGUACUUUAUAGUUAUAUUCCACACAGUAGUUACAUCACGUGCAAUUCGCCG